GCGCAUUAUUAAAGUCGGCGGAAGUUGUUGUGAAAUCUCAUGUUUUGCGCGCUCCUUGCGCUUCUAGAACUAUUCCGCACGAGCUCAUUGCCAGCCUGAGCGAUUCUGCUAAUUAACGUUCUUUUAAAGCUAUUGGGAGUCUUCAAGCUAGUCCUGAAAUCACUACUUGGUUGUUUUGCUUCAUAACCUGUCAAUAUGGAGCAGAACAACAGCCUACCUCCUUUCCCUCAAGGGCUGGCAUCUCCGCAGGGAGCCAUGACGCCUGGCCUGCCCAUUUUCAGUCCCAUGAUGCCGUACGGUACGGGUCUUACACCACAGCCAGUGCAGAACACCAACAGCUUGUCCCUCCUGGAGGAGCAGCAGCGACAGCAACAGCAGCAACAACAACAAGCAGCCUCACAACAGCAGAGUGGGAUGGUGGGAGGUUCAGGCCAGACACCCCAGCUCUAUCACUCGCAGGUCUCCACCACAACGGCACUGCCAGGCAACACGCCACUUUAUACCACACCACUCACCCCUAUGACCCCCAUCACUCCUGCCACACCGGCCUCAGAGAGCUCUGGUAUCGUCCCCCAGUUACAGAAUAUUGUGUCUACUGUAAACUUGGGGUGCAAACUUGACUUGAAGACGAUAGCACUUCGAGCCAGAAAUGCUGAAUAUAAUCCAAAGCGUUUUGCUGCCGUCAUCAUGAGAAUACGAGAACCCAGAACAACAGCGCUCAUCUUCAGCUCAGGGAAGAUGGUGUGCACAGGAGCGAAAAGUGAGGAACAGUCCCGAUUGGCAGCCAGAAAAUAUGCCAGAGUGGUGCAGAAGUUGGGUUUUCCUGCCAAAUUCUUAGACUUCAAAAUUCAGAACAUGGUCGGCAGCUGCGACGUCAAGUUUCCCAUCCGAUUAGAGGGCCUGGUGCUUACACACCAGCAGUUUAGCAGCUAUGAACCAGAGUUAUUUCCGGGAUUAAUCUACAGAAUGAUCAAACCCAGAAUCGUACUUUUAAUAUUCGUUUCAGGAAAAGUUGUACUUACAGGUGCAAAGGUUAGAGGAGAAAUUUACGAAGCAUUUGAGAAUAUAUACCCUAUCCUGAAAGGAUUCAGGAAGACUACGUAAUCUUGUUCUGUUAUCGCUGGUGAAUUACUUCCUGAGCCCACCGGUAUGUCUGGGGUGACCUACUCAGUUUUAUUUACUUUUGUAAGCCUGU